UUUGCGCGCACUCAAUUUUGUCGGUUUGCUUGAGCGCAUUACGCAUCGUUUCUCUUUGGCCUGUUUAGCUUCGGCUAAAGCGUUUGCUUGCUGUAUUUCAUUUAACCUCAUUCGGUGCAACUAAAUUUGAGUCUUGGAUCACGAGAUGGUGAAAAGUGUUGUAACACAGCGCGGCUGAUUAUUCAUAAUUAAUAUAAAAAGGUUUGUUUUUUUUAAAUAACGUGCAGAUUUUGCAAAGUGAGACAUUUGUCCAGUGAAAUGGGGAACUGAACAAAGUAAAAAGCAACAAUUAUUUUUGGUAAAACGUCGGAAAUCCGAGGGUGCAGAAAACGAGAAAGGUAUCACGAGGCCCUGUGACGUCAGCCGCUCCCCUGCGCUUCCUCCAGCAGCCAGUCAGCGAAGGGAUGCUCUGAACGCAAGACUGCAGCAUCUUCACCGAGAGAACGAGCAGGAAAAAACGUCUCUUUCUCUGUCUUCCUCCAGCUCCUAAUCUCCGGACCCUUCUCACCCACCCGUCACCCCUGGGUGUCUUCGCGACUGGAGCCAGGAAAGGAUAAGAAGAACGAAAUUCUAAUAGCCUAAGAAUCGGAUUUUUUUUUUCUAUUAUUGUUAUAAUUGCUUCACCGAUCACCCUUUCCUUUCUUCUCUCUUCGGCUGAUUUCGCCUCUUUGCGCUUUGCGUUGUGUUUUUGUUUUGUUUUGGUUAUUGUUCCGUUUCGUUGGUUAUUGCAGAGGAGCGCCACCAUCCUGUACCGCCUGACAUGAGUACUGGUUGCAGCGGAAUGAUACACAUAUCCUAGCCCGCUUAUCUGAAGGUUGAUGGAACUGUGACGCUCCACUGGCACGUUUUUAGUAGCCUAGAAGUCGCUCCAUCUGCAGAGGUCUCCCGUUUUCUCCCUCUCUGAGCCGCUCCAGCGUUUCUUUCUUUCUGCCCCUGCGCAGCAUCUCUCUGUACGCACGGCGCACCACGGAGAAACGCGCAGCUAACCUACCCCGUUCGUAGGAAACAGGCGUAUUUUGCAAUUCCUAAAUCGCUUUUACCCUCUCCAAGGACUCAUCUGCACGGCUACGCUGCGUAAAAAAACGGAAAGGGGGGAUUUAAACGCAAACGCAGCCUAAGCAUCCAAGAGCAAGCUCGAAAAUGAUGGCCGGCGGAGCAGUACAACAAAACGGCAUUUUCUCAAAUCCUCACCAUCACAAUCAACAACCACACAUGGAGUCCGAUCCCCCGGACUCACGUAAAAGACCCCUGGAGACCCCAACGGAAGCCAGCAGCACCAAACGUACAAACACGGGAGUGGCCUUCCUGCAGCCCCUAUUUGAAACUGAAGGCAUUGUAUUCCCUCACCAAGAAACUGAGACUCAUGAGGAAGGCGAGUACUUCCUGAAGGUUUUGAUUCCCAGCUAUGCGGCGGGUUCAAUCAUUGGGAAGGGAGGUCAGACCAUCGUCCAGCUCCAGAAAGAAACUGGCGCCACCAUCAAACUGUCCAAAUCCAAAGACUUCUACCCCGGCACAACAGAGCGUGUGUGUCUGAUCCAGGGGACUGUGGAGGCACUGAAUGGUGUCCAUGACUUCAUCGCUGAGAAGGUGAGGGAGAUGCCUCAGAGCACCCAGAAGACAGAGCCGGUGAGCAUCCUGCAGCCGCAGACCACCGUCAACCCGGACCGAGUCAAACAGGCCAAGCUGAUCGUCCCCAACAGUACAGCAGGAUUGAUCAUUGGUAAAGGCGGAGCUACAGUCAAGGCAGUGAUGGAACAGUCUGGGGCGUGGGUCCAGCUAUCCCAGAAGCCAGAAGGUAUCAACCUGCAGGAGCGUGUGGUCACCAUCAGCGGCGAGCCCGAACAGAACCGGAAAGCAGUGGAGAUCAUUGUCCAGAAGAUCCAGGAGGACCCGCAGAGCUCCUCGUGCCUCAACAUCUCCUACUCCAACAUCACAGGGCCAGUCGCCAACUCCAACCCCACCGGCUCACCGUACGCCAACUCAACCGAGGUCAUGCCAGCUGCCGCAGCCGCUGCCGCGGCUACGGCUUCUUCUCUGCUCGGCCAGGCAGGCCUGGCUGGGGUUGGAGCCUUCCCAACCACUAUGUCCAGCCUAUCAGGCAACGACUUGCUCGCCAUCACUUCUGCCCUCAACACUCUGGCCAGCUAUGGUUAUAACACCAACUCUCUGGGCCUGGGGCUCAACCCUGCUGCUGCUUCAGGGGUUCUAGCCGCAGUAGCGGCUAAUGCAAAUCCAGCAGCAGCUGCUGCAGCUAAUUUGUUAGCAUCCUAUGCCAGCGAUGCAUCCACCAGCGCUGCUCACCCUGCAGCCAGUCUUGGAGGCUUCUCUCUGGGAUCCCUAGCUGCUGCUACAGGGGCCACCAAUGGUUACUUAAGCGCUGCUUCACCACUUGUGGCAUCAUCUCUACUUGCCACAGAGAAGCUAGCAGAAGGAGCAAAGGAAGUGGUUGAGAUCGCUGUGCCAGAAAACCUAGUGGGAGCCAUUCUGGGGAAAGGAGGGAAGACGCUAGUGGAGUACCAGGAGCUGACCGGCGCCAGGAUCCAGAUCUCCAAGAAGGGCGAGUUCAUUCCUGGAACUCGGAACAGGAAGGUGACCAUCACAGGUUCCCAGGCCGCCACACAGGCUGCACAGUACCUGAUCAGCCAGCGAAUCACCUACGAGCAGGGGGUACGCGCCACCAACCCACAGAAGGUGGGCUAAACCUGACAGCCGAUGAGAAACGAGGAGGAAAAGAGGAAAAAAAAAGAGUGGGGGCUUGGGGGAGGAGUAUAAAAAAAAGUGAGAAUGGAAAAAGGAGAGGAGAGCAAGAAUGUCGGAAGGAAUCGUUCGCACCGUUUUCUUCUGCGUGUUUUCAGUAUUCUCUAUUAAAAAAAAUUUUUUUGACGCAAAGCAAAAAUGUGCUGAGAAGACGAGGAGGGAGAGGAGCGAGUUAUUACGCUGAAAAACCAAGAAAAAAAUGUGCAAAAUGUAAAUAAGGUUUUAUUACUUAACGUCUUGACCUUUUGGGAUUUUUUAUUGUUUUGUUUAUUGUUUUAUUGUUUUGUUUCGUUUAGUAAAUUAAGCUGUCUGUUUGUUUGUGUAUUGUGUGGACAGAGCUGAAUGCCAUGUAGACAGGCCGACUGCCUGAGAGGCUACAGGAAGUGGGGGGAUGGAGGGAAGGGCAUGGGUGCGGCAAGGCGGAGGGUUGGGGUUUACAGGGUUCAGCCCUCCACCGCCCCCGAACCCAUUACGGAAACAACCCUUAGCCCUCCCUCCCCCUGCAGGCCACACCCAUCACCCUCCAGUAGGGUUUUUGUUUUUUCUUCUAGGAGAUUUACCCCAAACCCCUCGCCCCACCUCCCUUGAAUGCCCCUCUCACUUUUUGCUCCCCUGACCCGCCCCUCUCCCUUUUACAAGGGUUUUAUAACAAACAAGACUGCAAACCUCAGCCUGGUGUGCGAGAGAAGAAAUGCCCUUGACUCCUCCCCCACCGCCGACACCUUCUAUUACUUCACCCGCAUAUGAUCGUACCUCCCUCCUCGUCCCCUCGUCUGGGAGAUGAAGGGUGAGGUGAAAUUGGGCAGAGGUGCGGGGAAAGAGAAUCAACCGGGCACUUUUUUUUCUUUUGCACACCUUCCCAUACCUGUGAUGUAUCCCACAAGCAGUGCAGCGCUGCAGGGGUGUUACAGCAUGUGACGCCCACCCCCACGUGUGGCUCUAACGUCUCAGAUAGAAAGGCGAAGCGCACGCCGAUGACCUCACAUAGUGAAAAACCCAUAAACGACAAGAGCGAUACAGCGCAGGCUGCGGCAAACACACAGGAUCUAUGGCAUUUUUUGCAGUCUGCUGUGAUAAUUCUAUUAACUAUAUUGUCGAUAUAGGAAUCAUUACCUUCGUCAUUAUUUAUUAAUGAGUUCACCCAUAUAAGGCUCAGUUGUGUUUUUUUUUUUUAAUCUGUGAAUUCAGGUUGACAUGAAUGUAAAUGAGACUAUUUUUGAUUUGAUUCUUUUGUUUUAAUUUAAGUGGAUUGAAGAUGAAUAGUAAUGUCACAUAGUGUAAUAUAUGUCUUAUUUAAGUCCAGUAAGAAAGCCACCCCAGGCAUUAGGAUCAUUACAGUGAAGGAUCACCUUAUAUAUCCAGUCAAAGAAAAGAACAGGGAACACACACAGACACGCACACGUUUUCACACUGAAACAGAACAUUAUGAUGCCAUAUUUGGUGCUAGAAAAGGGAAAUCACCAUAUCUAUGAUGCAGACUGCAGUAAGACUUCUAGAUUAGCAAGAAAAGCUCUAAACCUCUCGUACCACAGGCUGCAGUGCAGCUGAAUUAACCUACCUGGUUAUCAUGCUUAGCUCCUAGCUCAUGCUGCAAAAGAUCACUGCUGUUUAUAUGCCCUGUUGCAGUUUGCCUGCAUUGUAAAGUUGUAACUAAAAUGAAUAAUCCAGUUGAACUGAAACUAAUUCUCGGAUAAACUGCUGCUCGGCCUGUGGACACCCGAACCCUUCGGAUGAACCCAAACCACAGACUAGAUAGAGUGAGAGCAAUUAAGACUAACAAGAUACUACUGAGAAAUGCAAACAUUUAGUCGGAGGUAACACUGAAACGUGACAAAGGAACGUCGUUUAUCUGGGGUCCACUGCUGAAUCUGCAAGCCUCGCUAGUAGAUUUGCUUUUUUACGGCAGCGUGCAUAUCAGUAAUGGAGAUAAAUAGGCUCACUGACCUUUGCUCUUAUCACGCAUCCGUCCAACUGCCAAUGAGAUGAAGGGCAGAUGAGAGAUUUUUAACAUAUGUCCUGGGAGCUGAGCUCAUUUCUGCCUCUGGCAAGCUGUAGGUCUCCCUCGGAAACGGAUUUACUGCCCACUGUAGACCCAGGAGGCUGCUGAAGAUGCUGUUGUUUCUUCUGUUGUUGAGUUUUUUUUGUUUGUGUCGUGUUAUUUUUGUCUG